UGCUCCGGAAGCUCACACCAUCACACUGAUCAGUUGGCACCCUCCCUCUCCUUCCUCUAAGCUCUGACACGCAAGCACAGCAGAAGCAGCUGGUCUCACCGCUCGAGCAAAGCAAAGCAAGAGCUCGCUCGGCCGGUCGGUUUCCAAUGGCGCGGCCACAGCAGCGGUUCCGCGGCGUGCGCCAGCGCCACUGGGGCUCCUGGGUCUCCGAGAUCCGCCACCCACACCUAAAGACGAGGAUCUGGCUGGGCACCUUCGAGACGGCGGAGGACGCGGCGCGCGCGUACGACGAGGCCGCGCGCAUCAUGUGCGGCCCGCGCGUGCGCACCAACUUCUCCAGCACCGGCGCCGGCGCCGGCGACCCGCCGCCAUCGUCGUCGUUCCUCUCGCCGGCGCUCGUCGCCAAGCUCCACCGCUUCAACAUGGCGUCCUCGACCUCGCAGGCCGCCUCCGCCGCCGCGCAGCGGGAUCACAAACAGGACGGCUCUUCCACGGGGACGUCCGCGGCGGCGGCGGGGUGGAGCGGGGGGUUCCUGGAGGAGCAGUACGUGGAGCAGAUGAUCGAGGAGCUGCUGGACUCCAAUUUCUCCAUGGAGAUCUCCUACUAGACUGCCGCGCUAGCUGCGCAUCUUCUGCUUCCUUUCUCUGCCUUCCUUGUCGUGUUUCCAGUCUCUUGCUUUUCUUUCUCUCCGUGUUCCUUUUUUAGUCAGUGAGCCAUGUUAGGAAGAAGAAGAACUCGAGGUUAGUUCGGCCAUCCGACCCGAGUUCUCGCAACAGCCUGUGUGCAUACUCUAGUCCUGUCAGGGCGCACAGCAAAUUUCAUUCAUUCUUGCCUUGUCCUCUGUUUUGAUUUUUCGUGUUAUGCUCUGUUUUUCUUUUCUUUUUUUUUGACCACCGUGGUAGGCUCUGUUGACAUUUCUUCAGAGAGAGUUUUCGUCCCGUGUGUUGCCUCCUGAUCAAAAUGGUUGGGUACACCGUGGUGCUGCGGUUUCCCUCGCCAGAACCGUCCGAUCGUCUGUACUGUACUACUGUUAGUGCAGAAGAAGUUGAUUAAUAUUUGCUCC